UGAAAAGCAACAAAUUAUGUCAAAAAAGAACCAACUAAAACUAAUGUUCUUAUAAUAGGGUGUAUACCUCAAUAUAGGGUUUAUCUCAGGAUGUCAGUAAGCAGGUGAGCGUGGAAUAACUUAUACAGCCUGAUUACCAUGAUAUUCUAUUUUGUAGGAUCAUAUAGCAUGAUUGUAUAGUGCCCGCCCUCAUUAAAACACAUGUGAUGGUGAACCAGGUGGUCUUACACUACCUCUCUGUAAACAGCCACAUGUUUUACCCUGUACCUGGCACACAUUAACCAGGGUUUACCUUUCCAAAGGCCAUGCCUCUGUGUUUUGAAUGAGUACAAUGGAGCGAUAAGCACAUUGUAUAUGAGAGAGUUGCGUUCUUUGUAAGGGUUCUCCAAUAGCUUCAGUCUGACUUAAUUUGUGUCAGGGAAACUGAAGCUAUAUCUGAUCAAAGUAAAACUUAGUAGUUAUUUAUUUGAACUUUAACUGGACAGGAAUCAAUCAAUACAAAAAGGAAUGUGUGUACAUAGAGUAGCCUUGCUUAUUGACUCAGCAUAUGCAAACAAAGACACUCACUUCUACGUCACGGUACUCAUUCGAGUUAGAACUAUGAUUGAUUCGGAGAACAAAUUGUUUGGAAUCUUGGGUAGACAACCUUUUGAAAUACUUUAAUACUGGGAACAGACCCAAUAGUUCCAAACCCAAUUUACAGACUGAAAUAACCAGUUUGAUUAUUUUGUUAUCAGUGUUGCCCUUGUCUGGGAGUUGAAUUCAUGCACUGUGUCCUCGGUGGUCAACAACUUUCAGAAUGGGUUCUGUGAUCAUAUGGCUUUUCUCUCUGUCUGGGAUAUGCUACAGCAUAAACAAUACAGUCUCAGAGCUCCACACGAGGGACAUGGACAGUUUCAUCAAUGCUGUUGAGCUGGUGGAGAAGUCCAACCUCCACCUGCCCCCUCUCGCUGUGGUCCGAGGUCUCCGCAAAACCGCAGGGCACGAGGACCAACUGACCCUCCACUUCUUGGGCGCCUCCAACAACCUCAGCAUGUCCGAGUUCAACACCACGCUCUUCAGCUUCUUCGACAAGGCCAUCCACCAUGUCGUGACGGACCACGGGGAGGAGCGAGGGGUGGUCCUCACCCAGGAUGGGACCACUGUGGCCCUCGCGCCUCUGCUGCUCGGCAUCGAAGUGGGGCUGAAAGCGAAGACGGAGGGCACCCCUCCCCUGGGGAUGAUACCCCUCACUCUGGCCCAGAACCUCGGACUCUCCUUCCUCCAACUCAUGGACUUCCCGGCCUCUCAACGCCUGGGGCCAGACGGCUGCUGGGACAGCGUGGUCCUCCCUCGGGUCUUCAGGCUAUCUCGACUGCCCACGCUGGCCACCGAUGCCCUGAUCAACGGAGGGAUGGACGGCGCGAUCUUAGGGAUGGAGCUGGCGCACCAGCCCUCCGCUGAACGUCCUAACAGGCUCAGUGACAUCCUGAGGGGUUACUAUAUUGAUGGUGUCAAGGGGCAUGGUUUGGAGGGUGUAUCCACCCACAUUAGCCCCAGGCGCAGGGAAAAUUCCAGAGCCCUCCUCGGCCCUUUGGAUCCCCAGGACAAGUCAUUGGAGACCCUAGCUAUGGUUUGGAAACUGGAGGGGACUGAAUGGAUCCAUAAGGAUACAGGGGUGAAGAAGGCUGUGAGAGAUGGGGUACUGGAGUUUGUCCACAGGUACUGGGACUGCCCACCGGUCAUCCCUCGGUGUCAGUGGGGCGCCGAGCCUCACAAGGCCUCGCCCAUCCCACUCUCCCUGCCCCUCCCCUUCCUCUACAUCCACCACACAUAUGAGCCCAGCCAGCCCUGUCUGACCUUCCAGCAGUGUUCCAGGGACAUGAGGGCCAUGCAGCUCUUCCACCAGGACGUCCGCGGGUGGGACGACAUUGGAGACAGCUUCGUGGUAGGCUCCAACGGGUACGUCUACGAGGGCCGAGGCUGGCUUCACCGUGGCCGCCACACCAGGGGUCACAACUCCAUAGGCUAUGGGGUGGCCUUCAUCGGUGACUACUCUUCCUCUGUGCCCAGCCGCCACUCCCUGGAGCUGGUGAGACACCAUCUGGUCAAGUGUGCUGUGGAUAAGGGGCGACUGGCCGCCAACUACACCAUCCACGGGCACCGACAAGUGGUCAACACUACUUGCCCAGGAGACUCCCUCUUCUCAGAGAUCAAGAGCUGGGAGAAUUUUAGGGAGCCGAGUUCCAUGUGAAUAAAAAAGAAGGAUUAUUAUUAAUUUUUGAUCGACGGUGUUGUUGUCAAAACUUGAACUGGAGUCAAUGAUUCAAGCAGUGCACUUAUGUGUACACCUAUGGGAUAGGCAAUCAAUGUCAGUGGAAUUGUGAACUUCUAAAAGAGGCCGCAAGGUGGAGCCCAAAGCCAUUCCGUUUUGGACUACAUUCUGCAAGAGGUACCUUAACUGUCCCAGUGUCAUUCGAAAAGUAUAUAAUGUAUAAUGAAAGGAAAACAUGUGGUCAUAAUAAUGUAUUUGGGAAUACCAAUAUACAUUUAUACAUUGAUAAAGAUUCGAUGUGGAAAAUAAAACAUGACAAUACUUAUG